UCCCCGGCGCGUGCUCACUCCCUCACUGCUCGCGGAGGCUACGUGGGGUCCCGUCUCCCGAGAGCCGGGGCGGGAGGUGAGGCCUCCGCGCCCGGAGGAGACCAAGGGGACUCUGCUAUGCGUUGGGGGCUACGCCCUAGCGGGCCAGGGGCUGCGGCCGCGGCCCGGAAUCUGUGGGGCCUGCCCCGCCUUCCCUGUCGCCUAGGGUGGCGAGGAACAACAUGGAGGCUUCUGGUGCGGUCAGUCAGUGGGGCCAGUAAUCAACUGCCGAACUUGAAUAGCGGCAGAUACCGGGACACGGUGUUGCUGCCCCAGACCAGCUUCCCCAUGAAGCUGCUAGGCCGCCAGCAACCCGAUAUGGAGCUCGAGAUCCAGCAGAAAUGUGGAUUUUCAGAACUUUAUUCAUGGCAAAGAGAAAGGAAAGUAAAGACAGAGUUUUGUCUUCACGAUGGACCUCCCUACGCAAAUGGUGAUGCUCACAUUGGGCAUGCUUUAAAUAAGAUUUUGAAAGACAUAGUCAACCGGUAUCAUAUGAUGAAAGGUUCCAAAAUACAUUUUGUGCCCGGGUGGGAUUGUCAUGGGUUACCCAUUGAGAUAAAAGUAUUAUCAGAACUUGGUGAAAAAGCUCAGAAUCUUUCAGCUGUGGAAAUUAGAGGGAAAGCUAGAUCAUAUGCUAAAGCAGCCAUUGAGAAACAGAAAUCGGCAUUUACUCGUUGGGGAAUAAUGGCAGAUUGGAAUAAUUGUUACUAUACAUUUGAUGAAAAAUAUGAGGCCAAACAGUUGAGAAUUUUCUAUGACAUGUAUGAAAAGGGAUUGGUUUAUCGAGCUUACAAGCCUGUGUUUUGGUCUCCCUCUUCAAGGACUGCAUUGGCUGAAGCGGAACUUGAGUAUAAUCCUGAGCACGUUAGUCGUUCUAUAUAUGUAAAAUUCCCUAUUUUGACACCUUCUCCUGUGUUGGCUUCUCUUUUAGAUGGCUCAUCUCCUGUUAGUGUCUUAGUCUGGACCACACAGCCUUGGACAAUUCCAGCUAACCAGGCUAUUUCCUAUAUGUUAGAGGCAAAAUAUGCUGUUGUGAAAUGUUCCAAUUCUGGUGACAUCUACAUACUGGCAGCAGAUAAAGUAGCAUCUGUUGCUUCAGCACUGGAAACAAAAUUUGAGGUUAUUUCAACAUUUUCAGGUGCAGAUUUGGAAAAUGGUACUUGUUCUCAUCCUAUGUUUCCUGAUAAAGUUUCCCCUCUUUUACCUGCAAGUCAUGUGAACGUGACAAAAGGAACUGGAUUGGUUCACACAGCCCCAGCUCAUGGUAUGGAAGAUUACAGUGUAGCUUCUCAACACAACCUGUCAAUGGAUUGUUUAGUGAAUGAAGAUGGAAUUUUCACAGAUGUCGCAGGUCCUGAACUUCAAAAUAAGGCUGUCCUUGAAGAGGGAACUGAUGUGGUUAUAAAGAUGCUUCAGGCUGCAAAGAAUUUGUUGAAAGAAGAAAAAUUGGUACACAGCUAUCCCUAUGACUGGAGGACUAAAAAACCAGUGGUUAUUCGUGCCAGUAAACAGUGGUUUGUGAAUAUCAUGGAUAUUAAGCCUACGGCCAAGGAAUUAUUAAAAAAGGUGAAAUUUAUUCCUGGGUCAGCACUGAAUGCCAUGGUUGAAAUGAUGGACAGGAGACCCUAUUGGUGUAUAUCAAGACAAAGAGUUUGGGGUGUUCCAAUUCCUGUUUUUCAUCAUAAGACAAAGGAUGAAUUCUUGAUCAACAGUCAAACCAUUGAGCAUAUUAUUAAACUAGUGGAACAACAUGGAAGUGAUAUCUGGUGGACUCUUCCCCCUGAGCAGCUUCUUCCAAAAGAAAUCUUAUCUCAGGUUGGUGGUCCUGGUGCUUUGGAAUAUGUUCCAGGUCAGGAUAUUUUAGAUAUCUGGUUUGACAGUGGAACUUCAUGGGCUCAUGUUCUUCAAGGUACUGACCAAAGAGCAGAUUUGUACGUGGAAGGAAAAGACCAACUUGGGGGUUGGUUUCAAUCUUCUUUAUUAACAAGUGUGGCAGCAAGGAAAAAAGCACCUUAUAAGGCUGUGGUGGUUCAUGGAUUUACUCUUGGAGAAAAGGGAGAAAAGAUGUCCAAGUCUCUUGGGAAUGUUAUUAAUCCUGAUGUUGUCAUCAAUGGAGGACAAGAUCAAAGCAAAGAGCCACCUUAUGGUGCUGAUGUUCUUCGCUGGUGGGUAGCUGAGUCCAAUGUCUUCACUGAAGUGACAGUUGGUCCAUCUGUACUUAAUGCUGCCAGAGAUGAUAUUAGCAAGCUUAGGAAUACACUCCGCUUUCUUUUGGGAAAUGUGUCUGGUUUCAACCCAGAAACAGAUUCCAUUCCUGCUGCAGAUAUGCAUGUCAUAGACCAGUAUAUGCUACACUUACUGCAUGAUUUUGCUAACAAGAUUACAGAGUCAUACAAACAAUAUGAUUUUGGAAAAGUUAUUCGGCUAUUACGCGCAUUUUAUACUAGAGAACUCUCUAACUUUUAUUUCAGCAUAAUCAAAGAUAGGCUUUAUUGUGAAAAUGAAAAUGAUCCCAAACGACGGUCUUGUCAAACUGCUUUAGCUGAAAUUUUGGAUGUAAUAGUCCGUUCUUUUGCUCCCAUUCUUCCUCAUUUGGCUGAAGAAGUGUUCCAGCACAUACCUUAUGCUAAUGAACCCAAGAGUGUUUUUCGUACUGGGUGGAUUAAUACAAGUUCUAUCUGGAAGAAGCCUGGAUUGGAAGAAGCAGUGGAGAGUGCAUGUGCGAUGAGAGAUUCUUUCCUUGGAAGUAUCCCUGGCAAAAAUGCAGCAGAGUACAAGGUGGUCAUUGUCAUAGAGCCUGGACUGCUUUUUGAGAUAAUGGAGAUGCUACAAACUCAGGAGACUUCUAGCACCUCUCAGUUGAAUGAAUUAAUGAUGGCUUCUGAGACAACUUUACUCAGUCAAGAACCCCGAGAGAUAACUGCAGAUGCAGUUGAGCUUACAGGAACAUUCCUAAUCAAUUUAGAAGGUGGUGAUAUUCGUGAAGAGUCUUCAUAUAAAGUAAUUGUCAUGCCAACUACUAAAGAAAAAUGCCCUCGUUGUUGGAAGUAUACAGCUGAGUCUUCAGAUGCACUCUGCCCUCGAUGUGCAGAAGUUGUUGGUGCAAAGUAGGACCUCGCUUUUGCGUUAACAGUUCUCUUGAGCAAGAACCCCUCUGCCAGUAGUGACGGGGUUUGGAUGAAUUGUUUUUAGUACUAGAAAGAAAUACAAGAUUUUGUUUAGGCAAUGGGUGAGUGGAACAGUAAAUGAUAGAAGAUGAAGGUCAAGAUCAGAAUUAUACCAGUAAUAGUGCCUGAACUAGAGAAGGAAUGAUGUUUGUAUGAAUAUAUAUAUAUGCAGAAAUGUGUGUGUAU